UGCAGGAGUCACUUCAGUAUUCUGACUGUGAAGGAGUCACGGGAGGAUGAGGAGGGAGCUCUCCGGCUCCUCAGAGAGUCCCAGCUGCAGGAGCCUGUUUGGGUUGUAGAUGGCAACAGGCCACGCUUCAGAGAAUCGGUGGCUGUCUCCAAACAGUACAAGGUCCUGCCCACCUUGUCCUUCUCUCUGGACUCCACAGAGGGCCACGCUCGCCUCAACACACAGUUCCCACCGCUGCAGGCAGUGAGCGUGUGUGUGCGCAUCCAGUGGGAUCGACGGCACAACCAGGUCUCCACCAUCUUCUCCUACGCCGCCUCCGUCUUCAUCAACGAGUUUCAGCUCCGCGGACGAGCAGACGGCGCCGACCAGCAGGUCCUGUUGGCCCUCAUCGUCCACGGUCACCACUGCCCGUACAAGGCCUCCUUCCCCAAUGACGGAGAGUGGCACCUGGUGUGCGUCAGCUGGAGGUACAGCGACGGGCUCUGGGCGAUUUACGUCGACGGGGAGACGAGAGACACGGGGACGCGGACCGAUACGACUCGAGAGAUCCACGGCGACGGGAUUUUCAUCGUGGGACAGGAUCAGGAUUCGUUUGGCGGCGACUUUACGGAGCCGUUUGUGGGGAAUAUCACGGAUUUGAACGUGUGGGACAUGGUGUUGGAGGAGGAACAGAUUCAGACACUGAAGGCAUGUUGGCCCCUGGAAAAGCAGGAUGCCCUCUUCAGCUGGACUAGUCAGAAUCUGACCCUCCACCCAGAUGUAAAGAGAGUACCUGCCAACAUAUACUGCCCAGGUAUGCAGAGGCAGAGUGGGAGAGAAGAGUGUGAUGUUCUGCAGGGCUGGUCCUCUCACCACCUGCCGCAGUACAGCAGACAGCUCUGCUCUGAGGAGCUGCCCUUUAUCUGUAGGACCAGCAAAAAGCGUUAUAUGAUCAUGAAAGAGCUGAAGGAAGCGCAGAGCUCUCGUCCGAGUCCUUUCAUGAGCCACUUGAUGCAGGUCUCUGGGGAUACACAGGUCAUGGAGGAGCCUGUAGCAGGCAUUAGCUUGGGGCAGGCGUCUCAUCUCCUCAAUGUCUCGCAGCAAGCUCUGAGCGAGACGCGCAAGCCCCUGGAGCCAGCCGACGUGCUGUCGCUCAUGCAGAUCCUGUCUCGUGCAGCUGAAGUGCCCACCGUUGCCAACGAGAGCCGACCCUCCGUCGAGCAACUGAGUCAACAUUUCAUCACAGUGGCGGACAAUAUCAUUAGCUCCGACAAUGCACAUAUGUGGAAUGUGGUGAAAGAGGUUGCCAGUGGGCCAAUGUCUGUGGUACGGAGCAUAGACCGCAUGGUGACCAAUCUCAACCCCUUGCUGAUAGCUGAUAGAGAUAUUGUUCAAAUCCAAAGUGACAGCAUCAAGCUGCAGGUUCAGCAAAGGAGUUUGGGAGAAGGAACAGAGAGUUCCAACUUUUGUGGUCCACACUCAGAAAAUAGCACAGGCCUGGACUGCAUCUCCCUGCCAUCUCAGCAAAUGGAAGAACUCCACAGCAAUGGUUUCAGGAAGGUCACAUUCUUGAACACCUGGUACAGUUCUCUGCAGCAGCUCUUUAACACACAGGAGAACAUCACCACAUUUCCCGAAAUCAGUGAUGGAACGCAGAGGUUCCUGGGCACCAUAUUAGGGUCAUCAGUCAUCUCCAGCACAGUCCUUGGCGACGGGCAGCCCAUCAGUAUGCCUAAUCCCACAGGCUUUGUAUAUGAACCCAUAUGUGCAUUUUGGGAUUUUAACCUCAUGCCAGAGGAUGGGGGAAGCUGGUCCUCGUAUGGCUGUGAAGUCCUGUCUACCCAGGAGGACUCCACCACCUGCUCCUGCAACCACACCACCAAUUUCGCCUUGCUUCUGCAGAUCUAUGAAGUUGAGAGAAGCCCAGAGGAAGAGAAGACCCUGCAGAUGCUGACGUUCACUGGAUCUGGCGUGUCCCUGUGUGGCCUUAUUUUCACUCUCAUCCUCUUCACUGCAGUUGGAGUGCCAAAAUCAGACCGCACAACAGUCCACAAGAACCUGAUAGUGGCUUUGGCAGUGGCACAGCUCCUCCUGAUGAUAAGUGACUGGGCCUCCACAAACCAUGAGGCGUGCCUGUUGGUGACGGCUCUGCUGCACCUCUUCUUCAUGGCUUCGUUCAGCUGGAUGCUGGUGGAAGGGCUGUUGCUGUGGAGUAAAGUAGUGUCCGUUAACAUCAGCGAGGAGAGACGCAUGCGCUUCUAUUACGCACUGGGCUGGGGUUUACCUGUUGUGAUCGUCACCUUGACCUUGACAAUAUCCCUCAACAAGUACAAAGCAGACAACCACUGUUGGCUCAACAUACAAUCUGACAUAAUAUGGGCCUUCGUGGGACCUGUUCUCUUCGUAUUGGCAGUGAAUACUGUUGUGCUUUGCCGUGUUGUCAUGGUAACUGUGUCCAGCGCUCAGCGAAGAGCAAAGAUGCUCAGUCCAAGCUCUGCGUCCAAGCUUCACACAUUUGACCUCACCUGGGCUGCAACUCGUCCUGUCCUGAUUCUGCUGCCUGUGUUGGGCCUCACCUGGCUCUGUGGAAUCUUGGUGCACACGUCUGUGGUGGUGGCCUACAUUUUCAUCAUACUCAAUGCCUUUCAGGGCCUGUACAUAUUCCUGGUGUAUGCCGUUUACAACAGCGAGGUACGAAAUGCCAUAAAGCGGAUACAGGAGAAGAGGAAAGCGCUGUCCUUCACGAACUGUUCUCAGCCCAUCAGCUUCCUCCCGUCUCAGAGGACCCCCACAGCCUUCUGGGCCCAGAGCCUGCCCACCCCGUCCAGCCUGGAGAGCAGCGACGCCUCCAGCCCCGUCACCAGCACCACCUCCAGCUCACUGGUCUUCAAGAACGAGAGUUUCAGGAAGGACAGCUUUGUCAGUUUUUCUCUAAAGCCCGCCUCUGGAAAUCAGGUGGUUGAACUGACUGCCUUCAAGCCUUCAGGCUGCUGAGAUGGAAUUGGGAUAGUUGCAGAAGACCUGGACUUCUUAAAAAUAAGGACUUCUUCAUGGGAUGAAGCAAAGGACACAAUUUAGCCAAACAUUGAAAAUAUGACAUGCACACUCUCAUUCCUUCACACUCUUCCACCCAAACAGAAACACACACACACACACACACACACACGCAUGCGCACCCUCACACUCACACACAUACACGCACGCACGCACGCACACACGCACACACACACACACACACACACACACACACACACACACACACACACACACACAUAAACACCCACGCAUGCACGCACAUACACACACACCAAGCCAGGAAGCAGCUGGAUAGAUAGCUGCCUCCCCCACGAUGCACCAGAACUCCUCCACAUUUUGCACAGCAUUCCCAGGAUUCGGUCCAGAGAACACAGAACAAGGUGAAUGCCCAAGCCUGUCUACUCCAGAGACAGAACACCAGUAUCAUGAGCCUCUACCAUUGUUUGCCUCAGUAUCAAGUGCUGCAAUUAGCUACACGUACUUCAUCAGACUUGGCAUUAUUGUAAAUACUAUCAUUGCAUUGGUCUGCAUAAUACAAUCUCCAAUGAGGCAUAUAAAGAGACAAAACUGUGAGUUAUUGCCUUUCAUUUUAUAUCUGAGUAUGUAACGCACAAAAUCAAACUAAUUAGAGGUAGUAUUGUAAAGCAUUAUCAAAUCGCAUGACCAGACAGCACUGUUGUGUUGUCAGUGUACAAAUGUAGAUUUUGAUUGAGGUGGAUCUUCCCAUCUGUAACAAUACUGUUCUGUAGAUUCUGUGCAGAGCUCAAUGAAUGCACAACGCACAAUGAAGUAAGACAACUGUGUAAACCUAUCAGUAACCAAACACCUUUCACAGCCUCUGUCUGUUCCAAGGGACAUCCUGCUGGGUGAAAACCACAAUGAGCUGCUUUAUUUCAUCAGAAUUUUUUACAGAAACAAAACAAUCAAAAAACAGUUGGGUCAGUGCUCUGAGUAGUACCGAGUACUGCAUUCGGGUUUAGAACCUAAAUGUGAUUUUAGGGGAGGGUAAAGUUACUGUAGUAACUUUGUUUUGAGAAGUUUUUUUUCCAUAUUGUCGUAGUUCCAGGAAGAAGAGUCUGUGGGAAAGCUUUGUAAUGGGUCUGUUAUGUACAUAAAAUAUUUGCUGUGA